AUGGGUUCUCUCGCAAACGGCCAACGGCAGGGGGGAACUUUCCUCUUCACCUCCGAGUCUGUCGGAGAGGGUCAUCCAGACAAGAUUGCCGAUCAAGUAUCCGAUGCUAUUCUCGAUGCCUGUCUUGCUGAAGACCCCUUGUCAAAGGUGGCUUGUGAAACUGCUACCAAAACUGGUAUGAUCAUGGUUUUUGGUGAGAUCACCACGAAAGCCAACCUUGACUAUCAACGGGUUAUCCGAAACGCCAUCAAAGACAUUGGCUACGAUGAUUCCUCUAAGGGUUUUGACUACAAGACCUGCAAUGUCCUCGUUGCCAUCGAGGAGCAAUCUCCCGAUAUCGCUCAGGGUCUUCACUAUGAUGAGGCCCUUGAGAAAUUGGGUGCUGGCGACCAGGGUAUCAUGUUUGGAUAUGCCACCGAUGAGACUCCUGAGUUACUGCCGUUGACCAUCCAGCUUGCGCAUAAACUUAACCGCGCCAUGAAAGAUGCUAGAGUGGAUGGCAGCCUUGCUUGGCUCCGCCCAGAUACCAAGACCCAAGUCACUAUUGAAUAUGCCCAUGACAACGGUGCUGUGAAGCCUCUACGUGUCGAUACCGUUGUCGUCAGCGCUCAGCACAGUGAAGAUAUCACUACUGAAGAACUGCGAAAGGAAAUUUUGAACAAGAUUAUCAAAAAGGUCAUCCCAAGCCACCUCCUUGACGACUGCACUGUCUACCACAUUCAACCCUCUGGCUUGUUUAUCAUUGGUGGACCUCAGGGUGAUGCCGGCCUCACUGGCAGAAAAAUCAUUGUCGAUACAUAUGGUGGCUGGGGUGCCCAUGGUGGCGGUGCGUUUUCUGGCAAGGACUAUUCCAAGGUUGAUCGUUCUGCGGCUUACGUCGCACGGUGGAUUGCUAAGUCUCUGGUCAACGCUGGCCUCGCUCGUCGUGCUCUUGUCCAGCUUUCAUAUGCCAUCGGUGUUGCUGAGCCUCUUUCGAUCUUUGUUGAGACCUACGGUACAUCUACCAAGUCAUCGGAUGAACUGGUGAAGAUCAUCAGAGACAACUUUGACCUUCGACCCGGCGUCAUCGUUCAGGAGCUCGACCUGGCCAAGCCUAUCUACUAUCAAACUGCCAAGAACGGCCACUUCACUAGCCAGGAUUUUGCCUGGGAAAAACCGAAGACUCUUAAGUUCUAA